CAGAACGCGACUGACCCUUCUCCCCAAAAGGACCACGACACCCUCAAUUGUAGCUACUAGAGCUCGAAUUGGUCUCAAGACGCCCAUACCACAAUGCCUCCGCUCCGACCAGCCCCCAAAGCUCUUCGAAGCUGGACAAAAGCUCCAGUCCGGGCUUGCUCUUCCCCCGCCAGCCCACCAACCUCACCCUUCGCGCCUCGACAUUUCCUCUCGAUAGCCGACCUUACGCCUCAGGAACUCACUUCUCUCGUCCGAAAUGCCCACAAACACAAACAAGCUAUCAAAUCCGGCUCCAUACCGAACAACCUGCUGGGGGCUUUGGCGGGAAAGACUGUAGCCAUGACCUUCAACAAGCGCAGUACUCGGACGAGGGUGUCGACGGAGGCUGCAGUGGCUACUAUGGGGGGACAUCCCAUGUUCUUGGGCAAAGAAGAUAUUCAAUUAGGCGUCAAUGAAUCAGUCAUGGAUACCGCCCUUAUUAUAUCUAGCAUGACGUCCGCCAUAGUCGCCCGUGUUGGUCCCCACUCCGAAGUCGCAGACCUCGCAAAGCAUUCCACCGUCCCCGUCAUCAACGCCCUCUGCAAUGACUACCACCCCCUCCAGCACCUCGCAGACCUGCUCACUAUCACUGAAACGCGAACUGCAACUUCGGGACCUACUCUUGGACUAGAAGGACUCAAGAUUGCCUGGGUCGGCGAUUCGAACAAUGUGCUCUACGACAUGUGCAUCGGUGCCAUGAAGCUGGGCAUAACCAUGGCAGUGGCUACGCCGCCCGCCUACUCUAUCCCGAAGCACAUGAAGGAAAUCAUACAAUCGCAGGCUGCUACUGCACCACGACCUGGCACGCUUACGGAGACAACAGUGCCGGAAGAGGCUAUCCGUGAUGCAGAUAUCAUUGUGACUGAUACGUGGAUCUCUAUGGGACAAGAGGCUGAGGCUAAGGAGCGCCUGAGGGCGUUUGCGGGAUACCAGGUCACAAACGAGUUAGCGCAGAGGGCUGGGGCGAAAGAGGACUGGCAGUUCAUGCACUGUCUCCCUAGGCAUCAGGAGGAGGUCAACGAUGAGGUCUUUUAUGGGCCUAGGUCAGUGGUGUUCAGGGAGGGCGAGAACAGGCUAUGGACUAUGAUCUCGGCAUUGGAGUCUUUCGUUGUCAAUAAGGGUAAGAUUGUGUGAGAAGCUUUGUUAAUGCGUCCUUAGCUUUGGAGUUCUGGAGUUUGCGAAUGUUUUCAACCCCAGGAGAGCGCAAAAGUUAUUCGGAUUCUUGCACAUAGCCAUUUUAUCUUUAUCUACUAAUUUUAGUGGCAUUGAACUUUCAC